AUGGGAAGAUGCUGCUUGAACAAUAAUGAUGCGUGGAUACCAGAAUCAGAUGAUGAUGGUGACCACAUUGACGAGGAGGAGACUUUUUUCGACUUGAAUGAAGCAGCAAAAGAAACAGGGGACAUGGAACACAUAGUUUUUCCAUUUGAUCUCAAUGAAACACCAGAGCAGCAUCAACACAAUUUUCAGCAACAAGUAGGAAGACGGGGUCAUCAACGCAAGAAGAACCCAAGGCUCAGCUGCGACACAAGGUUGCAAAUUCUGAUGUGGUUGUUGAACAACCAUCGCAAAAGGGACAAAGACAAACCAUAUUAUGGAGCGUAUAAACAUAUUGCUCAAAUGUACAAUGUGCAUCCAAGAACAGUCAGACGAACUUGGAAGCAAGCAAGGGCACAAAAAGAGGCAUUCCAGAGAUACAACAUGGCAACAAAGGCAAAAAAUGCUGGCAGGAAACGCAUUCAAGUUGAACAAGACACAAUCACAAGCCUAACCAUGGGGGACAGAACAUGCAUUAGGGAUUUGGAAGAGAUGCUAGAUAUUGGACCAGAAACACUUUGGAGAAUGAUAAAAAGGGGUGAUGUUAGGGCACACACAAAUCCCCUACAUCCGGGGUUGCAAGACCCGAACAUGCUACAAAGGGUCAAAUGGGUCCUAGAUUUACUAGAAGGGGACAGUCCACAAACAAAGAGGCAAUACCAACCAAUGUUUGAUUUUGUGCAUAUUGAUGAAAAGUGGUUCUACUUGAGCAAAAAAACACAAAGGGUGUAUUUGGGGAAGCAUGAAAGGGGCAAAUACAGAUCGGGAAAGUCAAGCAAAUUCAUACCAAAGGUAAUGUUCACAGCAGCAGUUGCAAGGCCUAGAUUUAAUGCUCAAGAUGAAUGCACAUUUGAUGACAAAUUGGGGUUUUUCCAUUCACUUAUCAAGAAGCAGCAAAGAGGAAUUAAAAAAACAGAGACAAGGGGACAAUGGUGA